AUGUCUAACAGCAGCUCCAUCAGCCACUUCCUCCUCCUGCCAUUCCCAGGCACACAGCAGCUGCAGCUCCUGCACUUCUUCCUCUUCCUGGCCACCUACCUGGCUGCCCUCCUGGGCAACAGUCUCAUCAUCACCACCAUUGCCUGGCACCACCACCUUCACACCCCCAUGUACUUCUUCCUCCUCAACCUCGCCCUCCUGGAUAUAGGCUUCAUCUCCACCACUCUGCCCAAGUCAAUGUAUAAUUCCCUCUGGGACACCAGGAGCAUUUCUUAUGUAGGAUGUGCUGCACAGAUAUUUCUGCUUCCCCUCUUUAUUGCAGUGGAGUUUUCUCUCCUCACCAUCAUGGCCUAUGACCGCUACGUUGCCAUCUGCAGACCCCUGCACUAUGGCACCCUCCUGGGCAGCAGAGCUUGUGCCCACAUGGCAGCAGCUGCCUGGGCCUGUGGCUUUCUCAAUGCUCUGCUGAACACAGCCAAUACAUUUUCCCUGCCUCUCUGCCAGGGCAAUGCUGUGCACCAGUUCUUCUGUGAGAUCCCCCAGAUCCUCAAGCUCUCCUGCUCCACAGCCUACCUCAGGGAACUUUGGCUCAUUGUGGUCAGUGGCUCUUUACUCUUUGUCUGCUUUGUUUUCAUUCUUUUCUCCUAUGUGCAGAUCUUGAGGGCAGUGCUGAGGAUGCCCUCUCAGCAGGGACGCCACAAAGCCUUUGCCACCUGCCUCCCUCACCUGGCUGUGUUCUCCUUGUUUGUUAGCGCCUCUUUUUUUGCCUACCUGAAGCCCCCUUCAGUUUCCUCCCCAAUCCUGGAUCUAAUUGUGUCUUUUCUCUACUCAGUGGUGCCUCCAGCACUGAACCCUCUCAUCUAUGGCCUGAGAAACAAGGAAAUCAAGGAUUCCCUCAAGGCAAUAUUGCACUGCUCAUUAUUUCAGCAUCAGUAAGGUAGCCAAGCACCCUGGAAGACUCCCAGGGUAUCUCAGAGGAACAGUUGUUACAAUAUUAGUGGCAAUGGAAUAGCAUUAAAUGGGAACUGUAUUAAAUAAUAGUAAUCUUCCAA